CCAGAGGCCGCCCGAUACCGAGCGCGAUGGACCGAGGGCCCCAGCCGGGGAGGCGCCGCCGCCAGAGUACACAGCCCUACUGGAGUUGAUUGCAGUCCUCAGCAACGCUGAUUCUCCACCAUGGAAUCGACUGGUGACGAUGACGCGGUGGCGGCCUAGAGGAGACGAGGCGCGGGAGCAGAACGAUGCCCAGGGGCGCACGCUCUAGAACUCCACAGCAGGAAGACUUUUCUCCCAGCAGCGACAUGGUGGAGAAACAAACUGGGAAAAAGGAUAAAGAUAAAGUUUCUCUGACCAAGACYCCAAAGCUGGACCGCAGUGAUGGAGGAAAGGAGGUGAGAGAGCGAGCCACCAAGCGGAAGCUGCCCUUCACUGUGGGGGCCAAUGGAGAACAGAAGGACUCGGACACAGAGAAACAGGGUCCUGAGCGGAAGAGGAUCAAGAAGGAGCCUGUCGCCCGCAAGUCCGGGCUGCUGUUCGGCAUGGGGCUGUCUGGGAUCCGAGCUGGCUACCCACUCUCUGAGCGCCAGCAGGUGGCUCUCCUCAUGCAGAUGACAGCKGAGGAGUCUGCCAACAGCCCAGUAGACACCACACCAAAGCACYCCUCCCAGUCUGCAGUGUGUCAGAAGGGAACGCCCAGCUCUAGCUCAAAAACCAAAGACAAAGUCAACAAGAGGAACGAGCGGGGCGAGACCCGCCUGCACCGUGCUGCCAUCAGGGGGGAUGCCCGACGCAUCAAGGAGCUCAUCAGCGAGGGCRCUGAUGUCAAUGUCAAGGACUUCGCAGGCUGGACAGCGCUGCACGAGGCCUGCAACCGUGGCUACUACGACGUCGCCAAGCAGCUGCUGGCCGCAGGCGCAGAGGUGAACACCAAGGGCCUGGAUGACGACACACCACUGCACGACGCUGCCAACAACGGGCACUAUAAGGUGGUAAAGUUGUUGCUGCGGUAUGGAGGAAACCCUCAGCAGAGCAACAGGAAAGGGGAGACYCCGCUGAAAGUUGCCAACUCCCCAACUAUGGUGAACCUGCUGCUGGGCAAAGGCACGUACACCUCCAGCGAGGAGAGCUCCACGGAGAGCUCCGAGGAGGAGGACGCCCCAUCCUUUGCACCUUCCAGCUCAGUUGAUGGCAACAACACAGACUCUGAGUUUGAGAAGGGCCUGAAGCUCAAGGCCAAGAACCCAGAGCCUCAGAAGACUGUGACGYCUGUCAAGGACGAGUAUGAGUUUGAUGAGGACGAUGAGCAGGACAGGGUCCCUCCCGUGGACGACAAGCAUCUGCURAAGAAAGACUAUAGGAAAGAACCCAAGGCCAGCAGCUUCGUGUCAAUCCCCAAGAUGGAGGUCAAGAGCUAUGCCAAGAACAGCACCACCGCGCCAAAGAAAGCCGCCCAUCGCAUCCUGUCCGACACCUCAGACGAGGAGGACGCGGGUCUGGCUGUGGGUGCGGGGGAGAAGCUGAGGCUCUCAGCGCACACAGUCCUGCCCGGCUCGAAGGCCCGCGAGCCCCCUGCACCCAGGCAGCAGAAGGAGAAGAGCAAAGUGAAGAAGAAGCGGAAGAAGGAGGCCCGGGGCAAGGAGGUGCGGCCUGGGAAGAGGAGUGACAAGCUGUGCUCCUCCGGGUCCGAGCGCGCAUCCUCCGAGAGCGAGGAGGACGGGGACUCGGUGGGGAGCACGGGCUGCCGCAGAGGCUCCCCCCUGGUGCUGAAGGACACAUCACUCUUCAGCUCGCUGUCAGCCUCCUCCACCUCGUCCCAUGGCACCAGCCACGCCGACCAGCACAGCAAGCACUGGCGCGCAGACAGCUGGAAGGCGGUGUCCUCCCCUGCCUGGUUGCAGGUCAGUUCGCUGUCGGACUCAUCAGGCACCGGCCUGACAAGCGAGUCAGACUGCUCCUCCGAGGGCUCCAGCGUGGAGUCCCUAAAGCCCGCGAGGAGGAAGCAGGAGCACCGCAAGAGGGGCAGCCUGCAGAGCAUGGCUCCCGAGAAGAGGGGCGGCUUCCACCCCAGCGUGGACGGCGCCGUGCCCAAGCUAGACAAGGAGGGAAAAGUCRUCAAGAAACACAAGACGAAACACAGACACAAAAACAAGGAGAAGGGGCAGUGCCCYGGCCAGGAGCUGAAGCUGAAAAGCUUCACCUACGAGUACGAGGACCCCAGGCCCAAGGCCGACAAGGCCGCCCUCCUGGACAGCGACRUCUCCGCGGAGGGCAGGCUGCGGGUGUUGAAGCAUGACCGAGACCACCUCAAGAGGGAGGAGAGGCUGGGCAGGACGAAGCCCGAGGACAAGGAGUGGCUCUUCAGARACGAGAAGCCACUGAAGAGGAUCAAGGACGUGGGCAGGGACGGCGGCMGGGCCUUCCGGGAGGAAAAGGACCGGGCUGGCAGGGCUGAGCGGGAGAGGCUGGGCAAGGAGAAGUCCCCCAAGAGGCUGCGGCCAUACAAGGAGGAGAGGAAGAAGAAGGCCCGGGACCGGCCCCCCAAGCCGGAGAAGAAGGGCGAGGCCAAGGAGAAGGCCCUGAAGGAGGACAAGGAGAGGCUCCGGAGGGAGAAGGCCUACAGGGAGGACGCAGCCUUCGACGACUGCUGCCACCGGGGCCACUUCCUGGAGAGCGAGGACACCAAGCUCAGCCUGUCCGACGACCAGCAGGACAGGUGRUUUUCAGACCUCUCCGACUCCUCCUUUGACUUCAAAGGGGAGGACAGCUGGGACUCCCCGGUGACCGAUUACAGGGACAUCAAGAGUGACUCUGUGGCCAAACUUAUCUUGGAAACGGUGAAAGAGGACAGUAAGGAGAAGAAGCGGGACAACAAGGCCCGGGAAAAACGAGAUCUCAGAGACUCUUUCUUCCGAAAGAAGGACCGGGACUACUUGGACAAGAGCUCGGAGAAGAGGAGGGACCAGGUGRAGAAGCACCGGGGCCUUCCCAGCUACCUCCCCGACAAGGACAAGAAGAGGAGAGAGUCCUCGGAAGGCACACGGGACCCACGGGACCGGAGAGACGCCCUGGAGGGCUCCAGGGAGCGGAAGGAUGUCCGCCUGCGGCCAGAGGAGCCGCACAGGGAGGAGCUGAAGGAGUGUGGCUGCGAGGGCGCCUUCAAGGACAAGCCCGACUGCGACCUCGCCAAGAGCCUGGAGUCCUGGGAGCGGCACCACGCAGCCCGGGAGAAGGAGAAGAAGGAGAAGGCUCGCUCCGAGAGGCACAAGGACAAGUCCAGCGACAGGGACCGAGGCGAGAAGUGUCCAAAGGACAGAGACUUUGACAGAUGCCUCAAGGAGAGGAAGGAUGGCAAGGAGAAGCACAAGGACAAGGACACACACGGCAGAGACCGAGACAGGAGGGCCGGCCUCGACCAGGCCCGGGAGAGGAAGGACAAGGCCUUCCCUGCAGCCGCCUCCGAGGACUCCUCUGAAAAGAGAGAGGAGAAGAAGGGGAAAGAGAAGAGCUGGUACAUUGCAGACAUCUUCACGGACGAAAGCGAGGACGAGAAGGAGGAGUACCUGGCCAGCGGGCUGCGGGCAGGGGAGGCCUGCGAGGCCCCCAGGGUGGACGCCCUCCAGGAGAGGGAGGACGGGAGGGAGCUGCCCGUGGCCGACAGGCACAGGAAGUGCCCCUCCGACAGGCCCCACGAGAAGCCCCGGGACAAGGAGCCCAAAGAGAAGAGGAAGGACAGGGGUGCCCCCGAAGCAGGCAGAGACAAGAAGGAGAAGGCCUUGGAGAAGCACAGAGAGAAGAGGGACAAGGACCGCAAGGACCGGGUCCUGGCCGACGCCACCCAGGAGAGGCAAAGCAGGCAGAGGCCACCAGACAAGGAGGAGAGGAAGCAUCCCGGGGAGGACAGGGCCAAGGGCAAGCACAAGGAGAAGCCGGACCGGGAGCGGAGGGCCUCGCGGGGCGCAGAGGCGGAGCGCAGCCUGCUGGAGCGGCUGGAGGAGGAGGCGCUGCAGGAGGGCAGGGAGGAGGCGCACGACAAAGCCAGCGAGGGCUCCUCUGACAGCUUUGCAGACCGCGGCCCCGAGCCCGGCCUGAGCGCCCUCCUAGAGGUGUCCUUCUCAGAGCCGCUGGAGGACAAGGCCCGGGAGGGCCCCUGCCUGGCGGAGAGGCUGAGGGAGAAGGAGCGGCACCGGCACUCCUCCUCCUCCUCCAAGAAGAGCCACGAACGCGAGCGGGCCAAGAAGGAGAAGGCCGAGAGGAAGGAGAAGGCCGAGGACUACAAGGACGGGGGCAGGAGGGAGCCCGGCCAGUACGAGAAGGACUUCCUGGACGCCGAGGCCUAUGGCAUCACCUACGCUGUGAAGGUGGACGGCGAGGAGGAGCUGGACAAGGCCACCGACGGGUUUUCUGAGAAGAGAGAGAGGAGCGAGCCCGAGAGGGAGCCUCCCAAGAAAGUGGAGAAGGAGCUGAAGCCUUUCGGGUCCAGUGCCCUCGGCUCCCUGAAGGAGAAGAGGAGGAGGGAGAAGCACAGGGAGCGGUGGCGGGAGGAGAAGGACAAGCACAGGGACAGGCACCACAAGGAGGAGCCGCGGCCCACCGUCCGGGACAAGGAGAAGGGCAGGGAGGAGGCCCUGAAGCUGGGUGAGGCCAAGCCCAAGGARAAGCCCCGAGAGGGCACAGAGAAGGAGAGGGGCGACCCCACCAAGAUCAGCAACGGCAUGGACAAGCUCCCGCCACCCAGAGACCCAGGCAAGAAGGACGCCAGGCCCCGGGAGAAGCUGCUGGGGGACGGCGACCUGAUGAUGACCAGCUUUGAGCGGAUGCUGUCGCAAAAGGACCUGGAGAUUGAGGAGCGGCACAAGCGGCACAAGGAGCGCAUGCGGCAGAUGGAGAAGCUGCGGCACAGGUCUGGGGACCCCAGGCUCCGGGAAAAGGCAAAGCCCGCGGAUGACACCCGCAAGAAGGGCCUGGAUGCCGCGCCCAAGAAGCCCCUGGGGCUGGACCCGCCCUUCAAAGAGAAGAAGGCCAAGGAGUCAGCUGCGACACCACCUGUUCCUGAAAGCAAGCCCCCGCCAGGACUGGGUGCCGAGGCCAAAGACUGGUCAGCAGGGCCGCCCCUGAAGGAGGCCCUGCCCGCCUCGCCCCGGCCCGAGCAGAGCCGGCCCGCCGGGGUGCCCACUCCAACCUCACUGGUGUCGGGUCCCAGCUACGAGGAGCUGCACACGCCCCGGACCCCGUCCUGCAGUGCCGACGACUACCCCGACCUGGUGUUCGACUGUACCGACACCCAGCACCCGCUGCCCACCACCAGCGCCUGCUCCCCCCCGCUCUACGACAGGUUUUCUGUGGCCUCAAGCGGGGCUUCAGAGCACCCGGGCCAGACACCCACGAGGCCCGUCCCCACCAACCUGUACCGCUCCAUCUCCGUGGACAUCAGGAGAACCCCUGAGGAGGAGUUCAGUGUGGGGGACAAGCUGUUCAGACAGCAGAGUGUUCCUGCCGCCUCCAGCUUCGACUCUCCCGGCCAGCACUUGAUGGAGGACAAGGCUGCCCUGCCACCUGUUCCAGCAGAGAAGUUUGCCUGCCUGUCCCCUGGCUACUACUCCCCUGACUACGGCCUCCCCUCACCCAAAGCUGCCAUGGUCAGCAGCGCACCUUCCCCAGAGGCCGUGUUCCCUGGCCUACCAGCCAAGCCCUCCCCUGCCACUAGGGGCGACCUCUUGGCCCCAGCCAUCGAGGGGGCCCUGCCCCCGGACCUGGGCCUUCCUCUGGAUGCCACAGAGGACCAGCAGGCCACAGCAGCCAUCAUCCCUCCGGAGCCCAGCUACCUGGAGCCCUUGGACGAGGGCCCCUUCAACACUGUCAUCACCGAGGAGCUGGUGGAGUGGGCCCAUCCUGCCGCGGAGCAGGCCCUUUCCUCCACCUUGGUGGCCAGUGCCUCUGAAAACCCCGUCAGCUGGCCCGUGGGCUCCGACCUUCUGCUGAAGUCUCCACAGAGGUUCCCAGAGUCCCCCAAACACUUCUGUCCUGCAGAGACCCUGCAUAUCACUGUUCCAGGACCCUUCAGCACCUCAGAGCCCCCGUACCCCGUAUCCCCCGGCUCCUACCCCUUGCCCGCCACCGAACCGGGCCUGGAGGAGGUCAAAGACGACGGGGCGGGAGCCAUCUCUGUGGCCGUCUCCACCACAGAAGGGGCCACUGCGUAUGCCACCCCUGCCAGACUGGAGUCUUUCUUCAGUGGCUGCAAGUCACUUCCUGAGGCACCCCUUGACGUGGCCCCUGAGCCCACGUGUGUCACCAYGGUGACCCAAGUGGAGGCUCUGGGGACCCUGGAAAGCAGCUUCCUGGACGGUGGCCACAGCCUGUCUGCCCUCAGCCAGGGCGAACCAGUGCCCUGGCAUGAUGCCUUCACCAGCCCCGAGGAUGACCUGGACCUGGGGCCCUUCUCACUGCCCGAUCUCCCCCUCCAGCCCAAAGACUCCUCAGAUGUCCAGACCGAGCCCGUGGAAGGGAGUCCCGUCCCACCAGAGGAGAGCGCCCCUGGGGCUGAGGGGCAGCCCAUACUGCCUCCUGACCAGGCCUCUCCCCCACUUCCCACCGAGUCUGAGCCCUCAGAGGAGCCAAAGCUGGACGUGGUUCUCGAAGCCGCGGUGGAGGCAGAGACUGUGGCAGGCGAGAGGACCCCCGAGGUCUUGGACUCUGGCUCGGCACUGGCCCCCGGCCCUCCCGAACAGUGUCCCCUGGGGGGCGGAGCUGAGGAGACCAAGACUGAGGACCCCUCCGCCACUCCCCAUCAUGCACCCGACGGCCCUGCCACCGAUGGCAUGGCACAGACGCCUGACAGUGCUGAGGUCACCCCUGCUGCCAUCCCUGUGGAGGGGCCCCCAGGCAGCCUCCAGCCAGAAGCUACGGAUCCAGAGCCCAAGCCCACUGCCCAGCCCCCGAAAGCCCCCAAGGUGGAGGAGGUCCCUCAGCGCAUGACCAGGAACCGCGCUCAGAUGCUGGCCAGCCAGAGCAAGCAGAGCACACCUCCUACGGAUAAGGAGCCCGCCCCCACGCCCACCCCAGCUGCCAGGGCCAAAGGCCGUGCCUCUGAGGAGGAGGAUGCCCAGGCCCAGCACCCCCGCAAGCACCGCUUCCAGCGCUCCAGCCAGCAGCUGCAGCAGCAGCUGAACACAAGCACGCAGCAGACGCGGGAGGUCAUCCAGCAGACACUGGCCGCCAUUGUGGACGCCAUCAAGCUGGACGACAUUGAGCCCUACCACAGCGACAGGUCCAACCCCUACUUCGAGUACCUCCAGAUCCGAAAGAAGAUUGAGGAGAAGCGCAAGAUCCUCUGCUACAUCACGCCCCAGGCACCCCAGUGCUACGCCGAGUACGUCACCUACACCGGGUCCUACCUCCUGGACGGCAAGCCGCUCAGCAAGCUGCACAUCCCWGUGAUUGCACCCCCCCCUUCCCUGGCGGAGCCCCUGAAGGAGCUGUUCAAGCAGCAGGAGACGGUGCGGGGAAAGCUGCGUCUACAGCACAGCAUCGAGCGGGAGAAGCUGAUCGUGUCGUGUGAGCAGGAGAUCCUGCGGGUGCAUUGCCGGGCGGCCAGGACCAUCGCCAACCAGGCAGUGCCUUUCAGUGCCUGCACGAUGCUGCUGGACUCUGAGGUCUACAACAUGCCUCUGGAGAGCCAGGGCGACGAGAACAAGUCCGUACGAGAUCGCUUCAAUGCCCGCCAGUUCAUCUCCUGGCUACAGGAUGUGGAUGACAAGUACGACCGCAUGAAGACCUGCCUCCUGAUGCGGCAGCAGCACGAGGCCGCAGCCCUCAAUGCCGUGCAGAGGAUGGAGUGGCAGCUGAAGGCACAGGAGCUGGACCCCGCAGGGCACAAGUCGCUGUGUGUGAACGAGGUGCCCUCUUUCUACGUGCCCAUGGUCGAUGUCAACGAUGACUUUGUGCUGCUGCCAGCGUGACACCAGGGGAAAGUCGCAGGACACCGGCAAGGGCCGUAGUCACCAGUGCUGCUGAAGUGCCCGCAGUGCAGGAGGGCACCGUGCCGGCCAGGUGGGAGGAGCCCAGAGACUGCACCUGGCCACACGCCUCGCCUGCCAGACCAGCCCGGAGGCCAGGAGACCAGAGUCUUUACCAGCGGUGGCAGGGAGAACGGGCCCCCACGCUGCAGUGCCUCGUUGGCCCAGCAGGAGGAGGAGACCAUGGCCCAUCCAGAGGGGCACCUGGGUCCCUCCCAGCCAGCCGCAGGCAACCGAGGAGCAGGAGAGUGCGCUUUUGAAGUCCCUGCUCCCCUCUGAUCAACUAAAGGAAACGACUGAGGCGUCCACCUCGCACAACAGUGACCUCUGGUCGGGGGCAGGAGUGUCCGCCCGCCACGGUCCUCAGGACAGGCUGGGWCACUGAGGUCGCUGGUGCCAGGCGAGGGCCACCUGCYGGCCACAGAGGGACUCAGCCAGGACUYUCCAAUAGUGUUUUUAAUGGAGUCAAAUCCACGUGGUUUGUAUAUUUUUUUCCUUUAAUCUUGGGCAUUUUGUUUCUCUUUCUGAGAACGUAACUUGAA